CAACACUGAAAUCAAAGAAAGCAUUGACUUAAACCUUAUCAUAUUUCAAUUUGAAAGAUUUAUUGUUUUUAUCUCAUUUAGAAAGAGUUUCAGUGUUCUAAUUGAAUUUGUAAAACAAGGGAAGAAAUGGCCCUAUGUAUGGUGGGAGAGGCUCUUAUCUCUGCUUGUGUGGAGAUCUUGAUAAAAAGGAUAGCUUCAAGAGAGUUUAGAGAUUUCUUCUCCAGUAGAAAGCUGAAUAUUUCUUUGCUGGAUGAGUUGAAGACAAAGCUAUUGGUACUUAAUGCUGUGCUCAAUGAUGCUGAGGAGAAGCAGAUCACUGAUUCUGCAGUGAAGCAGUGGCUUGAUGAGUUUAGAGAUGUUAUCUUAGAUGCAGAAGAUUUGUUGGAUGAAAUCAACACACAUGCUUUGAGAUGCAAAGGGGAAGGCAAAUCUAGAAAAUUUGCCACCAAGGUAAGAUCUUUGCUUUCUUCUCGCUUUAAAAACUUCUAUAGGGGUAUGAAUUCCAAGUUUGAAGCAAUAUCUAGAAGGCUAGAACAGUUUGUUAGACAAAAAGAUAUUCUUGGCUUGCAAAGUGUUUCUAGGAGAGUGUCUUAUAGAGCAGUAACAGAUUCACUGGUUGAUUCUGUUGUGGUUGCUAGAGAGAAUGACAGGGAAAGGCUACUUAGCAUGCUUCUAUGUGAUGAUGGUGAUGGCAUGUCUAAUGAUGUAGAAGUGAUCACGGUAUUGGGCAUGGGGGGUCUGGGAAAAACAACCCUCGUUCAAUGCCUUUACAAUGAUUGUGAAGUGCAGAGUCAUUUUGAUAUGACAGCUUGGGCGUGUGUGUCAGAUGAUUUUGAUAUUCUCAAGGUAACGAAGAAAAUUGUAGAAUCUCUCACAUCGAAAGAUUGUGACAUUACUAAUCUUGAUGUUCUUCGUGUUGAAUUGAAGAAUAACCUAAGAGAUAAGAAAUUUUUGCUUGUGCUUGAUGACCUUUGGAAUGAAAAGUAUAACGAUUGGCAUAACCUAAUAGCACCUUUUAGAAGUGGGAGAAAGGGAAGUAAAAUCAUUAUUACAACCAGACAACAAAGAGUUGCACAGGUCACACAUACAUUUCCUACUUACGAGCUGAAACCUCUUAGUGAUGAAAAUUGUUGGAUCAUACUGGCCAGACAUGCAUUUGGAAGUGAAAACUUCCAUAAUUAUCCAAUCUUAGAAGAAGUUGGGAAAAAAAUUGCAAGAAAAUGUAAUGGUCUGCCAUUGGCAGCUAAAACAUUGGGAGGCCUUUUGAGAUCAAAUGUUGAUGUUGGGGAAUGGAAUAGAAUUCUGAACAGCAAUAUGUGGGCACAUGAUGAUGUUUUACCAGCUUUGCGCAUAAGUUAUUUUCAUCUUCCAGCACAUUUGAAGAGAUGUUUUGCUUAUUGCUCCAUUUUUCCAAAACAACAUUUGUUGGAUAGAAAGGAAUUAAUUUUGUUAUGGAUGGCUGAAGGCUUUCUUCAACACAUUCAUGAAGACGAAGAAAUGGAAUCAGUGGGAAAUGACUGUUUCAAUGAGUUAUUAUCUAGAUCCUUAAUUCAAAAAGAGAAUGCUGUUGCAGAGGAAAAUUUUCGAAUGCAUGACCUCAUCUAUGAUUUAGCUAGACUUGUGUCUGGAAGAAGUUCUUACCACUUUGAUGGCAGUGAAAUCCCAAGAACCGUUCGCCAUAUAUCAUUUCUCAGAGAGAUGUUUGAUAUCUCUGAAAAAUUUGAGGGCUUGUAUGAGCUGAAGUGUUUGCGGACCUUUCUACCACGAUUGUCAUAUCCAUUUGUUCAAUGUUACUUGACCAAAAUGGUAUCACAUGGUUGGCUGCCAAAACUAAGAUGUUUGCGAAUACUUUCGUUGUCUAAAUACACAAACAUCACUGAGUUGCCUAAUUCGAUUGGCAAUUUGUUGCACUUGAGGUAUCUGGAUCUUUCCUACACCUCAAUUGAAAGCUUGCCCGAUGAAACAUUUAUGCUUUACAAUUUGCAAACUUUGAUAUUAUCAAAUUGUGAAUCUCUUAUUCAAUUGCCGCAGAAGAUAGGAAAUCUGACUAACUUACGCCACCUUGACAUCAGUGACACUAAUUUGACAGAGAUGCCAACACAAAUAUGCAACUUACAAGAACUCCGUACCUUGACAGUUUUUAUUGUUGGAAGACAAGAUGGACUAAGUAUCAGAGAUUUAUCCAAAUUUCCCUAUCUUCAGGGCAAGCUUUCCAUCAUGAACCUGCAAAAUGUCGUCAAUCUUGUGGACGUUUUCGGGGCCAAUUUAAAUAAAAAAGAGCAGAUCGAGGAGCUUAUUCUAGGAUGGGGCAGUGAUCCACAAGAGCCGCAGUUUGAAAAGGAUGUACUUGACAACUUGCAGCCAUCAACAAAUUUGAAGAAACUCAGUGUCAAAUACUAUGGUGGCACUUCCUUUCCAAAUUGGAUUGGAAAUUUUUCAUUUUCCAAGAUCACAGUUCUUACUGUAAGUGACUGCAACAAUUGUUUGUCACUUCCACCGUUUGGACAACUACCUUCUCUGAAGGAGCUUGUUAUCAAAAGGAUGAAAAUGGUGAAGAAAGUUGGUCAUGAGUUCUAUGGCAGCAAUGUAGACUCACAGUUGUUUCAGCCAUUUCAAUCACUGGAGAAUCUGGAAUUUGAAGAUAUGUCAGAGUGGCAGGAAUGGCUACCAUGUGAGAGUGAAGGAAGAAACUUUAUUUUUCCAUGUCUUAAGACUUUGUACCUCUGCAAGUGCCCCAAGCUGAGAGGAACCUUGCCAACUCAUCUACCUUCAUUGACAAAUGUGAUUUUCUCAGAGUGCAACCAGCUGGUGACAGAAUUAUCUGAUGUGCAUUGGAAUAAAUCAAUUGAAGCAAUACAUAUUGCAGAGGGACAAGAAGCCUUGUUGUCUAUGCUUGACAACUUCUCCUAUUGUGAGCUAUUGAUUGAAAAGUGUGAUAGCUUACUAUGUUUGCCCAGAAUGCUACUUGCUGCAAAUUGUCUUCAAAAGUUGACUCUUACAAAUAUCCCAUCUUUGAUUUACUUCCCAGCUGAUUGUUUGCUCACAUCAUUGCGAUCACUUGAAAUUUGGCAUUGUAGAAACUUAGAGUUCAUAUCUCACAAUACAUGUCCAAAAUUCACAUCACUUGAAACACUGAGAAUAUGGAAUAGUUGCUGCUCCAUGACAUGUUUUUCAUUAGGUUGUUUACCUGUCCUUCAAGAGCUUAAUAUCCGUUUUAUUCCCAACUUGGCAGCAAUUACUACUCAAGGAGGAGAAGCAGCUCCGAAAUUAGUUGAUUUUAUUGUCACUGAUUGUGAGAAACUCAGAUCACUUCCAAAUCAAAUUGAUCUCCCUUCCCUUGAACACUUGGAUCUAUCUGGGCUUCCCAUGCUAGAAUCAUUGUCUCCAAGGUGUUUGCCUUCUUGUUUAAGAUCACUUCAUGUUGAUGUUGGCAUACUAUCAUCUGUAUCCAAAAAAGAGUUAAGUGUUCUAUUCCAACGCCUAUCUUCUCUGUCACAUCUUCUACUCAAGGGUCUUGGUGAAGAAGAUCUUGUUAACACUCUUCUGAAGCAGCAGUCCCUGCCUACUUCCCUAGAAUAUAUGUUCCUUCAUAAUUUCAGUGACUUAAAGUUGUUGGAAGGAAAAGGGCUUCAAAAUCUCACUUCUCUCCAAAUGCUUCAAAUGUAUAACUGUCCUAGUAUUGAGUCCUUACCAGAGGGUCAACUUCCACACUCUCUUCAAGUACUCAGUCUUAGGGAGUGCCCUUUACUGGAAGCAAGAUAUCAAAAUCAUAAUGGGAAAUACUGGUAUAAAAUUGCUCACAUUCCUGCAAUCAAGAUAAAUGAAAAAGUCAUAAUAUGACUUGUUGCAUGAAUAAGAGUCAUAAAUAGGUAAAUAAAUGCUUCAAUUGUUUUGAAAUGUGCCAUGUUAAAUUGUUAAUGUUAAGCCAAUUUUA